AUGUUCAACGCUUUGUCUCCCACCACCCCCAUUCUCCUCUGCCCUCGAAUUGCCCACGCACGCCCUGCUGCAACCAUGUCCUCAAUUGCUGCUCUGGCUACUCGCCGGGCUUUGCUCCGCCAGCCCCUUUUCCGCGCUCCUCCGCGCCGCUUCAACGCCACCAAGGCCGAGGAGUCCACCCUCGACCAGGCCCCCAAGCGUGACCCCGAGCUCUACGUCCUUCUCGGUGUCAUGUCGGGAGCUUUCCUGAUUGCCGGAUGGUACUUCGGUAGCAAGCCCACUUCCGUCACCUCGGAGAGCAACGUCCGCAUCGGCGAGAGCUCCAUGCCAUGGGGUGAGAACGCCUCUGAAGAUGGCAAGAUCUACAAGUACCAGUACCACCCCCACGGUGACAAGAGCCAGCCUCUCCGCGCGGCCCCGAGCGCCCUCAACACCGUCAUUGUCCCCAAUGUUACCCUCCCUGAGGACCUCCACGAGCGGUUUAAUAAGUACGGCAAAGAGGAGUGGGACUACUAG